GAAACAGCAUCGCACUCCAGAACUCCUGCUUGACACACAGCUGGACUCACACCUUGCUAAAUUCCGGCACCAGCCACAAGCCUUGUGGGAGCUGAAGGGAAUGAAACUGCUGGCUGCCUGCUUCAUGGACCUGCUGCUCAUCUGUCUGGCCCUGCCCAAAGCCGAAUGCCGACUCCACGAACGAUCCAUGGAAAACAGGAACCCUGAUAUCAACCCUUCCUGGUACACGGGGUGUGGGAUCAGACCCGUGGGACGGUUUGGCUGGAGGAGAGCUGUCGUGGAGAGCUCCCGGAAGUCAGGCUACGGACACAGGCAAGCUUGCUUCCCUCUAGAAGAAAGCAGUGAAUCCAUUCAAGAUGAAUGA